AUGAGAAAAAUUCAGUAAAUUGAAAAGCAAGAUAGAGGGGGAUGGGAUACAAAAUUGUUUAAAUUACUAGUUCUUGGGAGUAUGUGUCUAAACUCGUAUUUAUUUUAUUCUAAUUAGAAUUUCCAAUAUAAUGUUAUCAACUAUUGUUUCUCCUAUCUGGUAUUAAGUGGCCAUUUAUUAUAAUACAAAUGAUUACGAUUUAAAUUGGAUAGUAGGUUGGUAUUAUUUUGGUCCAAUUUUAUUUUGCUUUCCUUUCAAUGCAAUUAUAAUUUAUAAUUAUGGUCUAUCAUAAAUUUUAAGUUGUAUAUGUUCAUCAAUUGGAUUAUGGAUUUUAGUAUCAGUUAAAAGAGAUUUUUAAUUAGGAAUGCUAGGAUUUGCAUUUUUAGGAAUUGGAGAAGCUCUUUAUUGUUAAACCCCUUUAUGUAUCAAAAUUUAAUCAAAAUUAGAUUUAUCAAAAAUAUGGUUUAAUGCAGAUGAACGUAUAUUUACUACAUUUGUAGCCUAAUAUGCAAAUAAUGUAGGAUGUUUAAUAGGAUACUUAGUUUCCUUUUAUUAUUUCUUUGAAAUUGUAAGUAAAUAUUUUUUAAAAUUAGUAUGAUGAAAUUGAAUUUAAUAUAAGAUUUGAAAAUCUUAUUUUUAUUAAUGCAAUUUUAGCUACUUCUACUAUUAUUAUUAGUUUUAUAUCACUUAAAUCCCCAUAUAAUUCUUUAGAUAAGAUUUAAAUAAGAGAUUCUAUAUGGGUAUCAUUAAAAAAGAUUUGUUCUCAAUGGGAAACAUUUUUAGAUGUUGCUUCUGUAUCAACUUGUAUUUUAUUUAAUAAUAUGUUUAGUUAUUGGUAUAAGUUGGUGUUAUAUUUUAUUAUUUGGAACAUAAUAAUAUUAUAUGUAGUAUACUCCUGAAGAGAUUUGUUUAACAAAUGUUACUUUUUCUAUUGGAUAAUUAAUAGCUGCUCUAAUAUGUUCUUAUAAAUUGAACUCUUAAUCACAAAAAGGAUUAUAAUAAACUUAUGAUACAUUUAUUAAAUUUACCAUUAGUUUAGGAUUUUUUUUUUUGAUGGCAGAGAAUUUAACUUUUGAAUUUUUACCUUUUCAAUUAGUUAUAUUAAUGAAUUUUUUUAUUGGAGCUGGUCUUGGAGGAAUAUACUCAAUUUUAUUAGAAUCAUUAAUGGAAAAGCAUUAUCCAGCAUAAGAAUUAGCCAUUUCAACUUUAUUAGUUGUAGUGGCUUGUGUAAAAAUAUCAUUAAUAUUUAGGCAUUGUCAUUUUCCAUAGGUAUGAUAUCAAUAAUACCACAGUUUCUAACUUAUGGAUUUUAUAUCUCUUGUUUUUUUAUGAUCCCAUCAUUUUGCUAUAUUUUAGUUUUCUAUAAAACUAAAUAUAAACGAUUUGAAUUUGAGGCAUGA